AGAGACAGAGAGAAAAUAAAGGCGUCGUGUCGCCUCCUUCCCCGCGAUUGGAUUCACAUUCACUGCUCCUCCUUCCACGCGCGCGCACCUCGUCUCCCCGUCGCCGCCGCCGCCCUCAAUACCAUGGCGUUCAUAUGUGCUUCCCGAUCUGGAGAGAAGACGAGUCGUGCCCAACCAAACCCAACCCGCAGAUGCAACCGCAUCUCGUUCCCCUCUCCCUCCGACACGGCCGCGCCCAACGGCGGCCUCCCCCCGCCGCUGCCCUCACCCUCUCCCUACAUCCAGCAGUCCCCGCGAUUGGAUUCACAUUCACUGCUCCUCCUUCCCUGCGCGCGCACCUCGUCUCCCCCGCCGCCGCCACCGACGCCGCCCUCAAUACCAUGGCGUUCCCGGGUGCAUUCGUACGUGCUUCCCGAUCUGGAGAGAAGACGAGUCGUGCCCAACCAAACCCAACCCGCAGAUGCAGCCGCAUCUCGUUCCCCUCUCCCUCCGACACGGCCGCGCCCACCGGCAGCCUCUCCCCGCCGCUGCCCUUGCCCUCUCCCUACCCAGGCCCCACAUCCAGCAGACGCGGCCAUGGCGUUCCCGGCAGCCGCGGUGUCUCGCCGUGGAUGGGAAGGAGAUCGGAAUCCUCCAUGGACGGACGCGCUGAUGGGGAUCUUGCGGAUGCCGGGAAGAACCGCCGCUGCCAUCCAUCCAUGGCCGACACACAGCUCCUCAAGGUCCAUCCCGUUUCCGCGCCAAAGGAGAUGCUGCCCUUGUCUAAACGGCCGGCACGGGCGUCGCUCUCCAGAUUGCGCACGCCGUGUCUAAACGGCUGUGUUGAACAAUAUAUGUAUCUUGCGAUUCUCCGUGUGACGUGGUUCCCUGAUGCGGUUUUGUUUUGUGAUUCCCUGACGUUGUUCCUUCACACACGCAGGUGCACGACAGAGCCAGCUGUGUGUGGUGUGCGCGGGGGAUUCUUCUUCCACCCCAGCAAUCUGGUCCAUCCCGUUUCUGUGGCAAAGGAGAUGCUGCCCCUGUGGACCUCCAGAUUGCUCUGGCCACCAACUUAUCUAGUGUUAAAGGGUUGCAAGCGAACCUUUCAGAAAUGAUAUUUAGAUUCUAGAACGGACCGAGGAACCAAGUGAACUUGAUGACUACUAUGUGAUUCCCGAGCCAGGGUUUGAGUAGCUACUGUUCUACCAAGUGAGGAUGAUGUUACGGUCGAUGAUGGCAAGAUCAGCGCCUUGGCAUACGACACCGCGUCGGUCGCUCUUGUUCAAGGUCUCUCUCUGUCUCUCUCUGUCUCUCUCUCUAUGAUUUGCUCGUCAUGGUUCCCCGAUGUGGUUUCAAUUUGUGAUUCCCUG